AUGUUUACGAGACUUUUCGGAAAGCCAAAGGAGCAGGCCAAUGCUUUGGUCACUCUGGACAAGCUCAAUGAGACACUUGAAAUGCUAGAGAAAAAGGAGAAAGUUCUUUUAAAGAAAGUUGCUGGUGAAAUUGAGAAGGCCAAGGAAUUUACUCGAGCAAAGAACAAAAGAGCUGCAAUACAAUGUUUAAAAAGGAAAAGACUGUAUGAGCAACAGGUUGAGCAGCUUGGAAAUUUCCAGUUACGGAUUCAUGAUCAGAUGAUAAUGCUAGAGGGUGCAAAAGCUACUACUGAGACUGUUGAUGCAUUGAGAACCGGAGCUGCAGCCAUGAAGGCAAUGCAGAAAGCAACUAACAUUGAUGAUGUGGACAAGACCAUGGAUGAAAUCAAUGAGCAAACAGAGAAUAUGAAGCAGAUUCAAGAAGCACUAUCUGCUCCUAUCGGAGCAGCUGCUGACUUCGAUGAAGAUGAGUUGGAGGCUGAACUUGAAGAGUUGGAGGGAGCUGAGUUGGAGGAGCAGCUUUUGCAGCCUGCUACGACUGCUCCUGCUGCUCCUGUGCAUGUUCCUGCUGGUAGACAACCUCCUCGUCCAGCUCCACAGAAAAAUACAGCAGAGGAAGAUGAACUGGCAGCUUUACAAGCAGAAAUGGCCCUGUAAUCAGGUUCAUGACAUGCUCAAAAAUUGGAAGGGAGUUUUUGUAUAAAUGAUUUGUGAAUUCUAUGAUGAAGUGAUUUUCGGCGAACAAACAAAAUGUGAAAUUUCUACUGGCAUACACAUUUUACUGAUUCUCAGUGUGUAUACUUUUUAGAACAUGAACAUAAAGUUAUGAGAUAGCAGAUUGAAACCA